GCCGGGCUGUGGCGCUGCCGUCGAGUCUUGCUGCGCAGUCCACCGGACACCGCGGAUACUCACGGGUGUUUGUACUGCCUCCAGGAACACCAGUUUGCCUGGUUCCGCCUGUACCCCACUUGCAGGCCUCGGUCAUGUUCUUCAGGGCCCAGGUGAGGCGAGCUCUUCAGACAGUGCCCGGGAAGCAGCGAUUCGGCAUCUACAGAUUCCUGCCCUUCUUUUUUGUCCUGGGAGGAGCGAUGGAGUGGAUCAUGAUUAAAGUGCGCGUGGGCCAGGAGACCUUCUAUGAUGUCUACCGUAGAAAAGCUUCAGAAAGACAGUAUCAGAGAAGGCUGGAAGAUACAUCAGAAACCAAUCUUCAUAAGCUAAUAAAGUAAAUAUGCAUUUUCAGUGUU